AUAGGAAUAAAGUAAAUUCUCCUAAAACAUAAAUUAAGUUUCAAAAAAACACAACAUUUUUUCCACAAAAAAGAAAAUCCAACAUUUUUUCACCCAUGUAUUUCCACUUCCAAUCAUUAAUUAAAAUAAGGAAAUGAAAUAAAAUCAAAACUCCCAAGUUCCAAGAUGAAAGUUCUAGCUCUCUUCAACUUUUUAUGGUGGCUAUGAAUUUUGAUGCUUGUUUUGAAGUGUUUGGUAUUUUGUAGUAUAAUUCAAAUGCAAGAUUCAGGUGACUUUUUUGAAUACCACCAUUUUCUUUUCUAUAUUCUCAAUUCAAUAUUUGACUCAUCCACCUUCAUUUCGAAAAUUCUUUAUUUCUCCAAAAAAAGCAUAUAUAUAUAAGUGACAAAACCUUCUUCCUUGUCUCUUACAAACCCAAAAAAAAAAGCCAACUUUUUUAGCCAUUUACAACUUCUCCUUAAUCUUCUUCUUCUGGGUUUUUUUGGGGUUCAUUUAAUUUUGUGAUUUAUAAAAAAAAUAAUCUCUUUAUAUGCCAAGAUCUCUACUUUAUUUAAUCUAAUAUUAGAUUUUCAAAGAUUUGAUCAUCUGGGUUUGCAAUUAAUGCCCACAUUAUUCUAUUAUCUUGUUUGAUUUCUCAAAUCUUUGUUUUUUUGUCUGAUUAACUUGUUUGAAACAUAAUCAUACUUUAAUAAGCCAUUACUUACUUCAGUCCUAAUCUUAAUUAGCUCUUAAUUAUCCAUUAUAAUUUCUGUUUUAAAGUUGGUGGCAGUUCACUGUAUCUGGAUACCCCAGCAUUUACCCCAGUAUUUAUUUGUUGCAUGUCCUGUUUUAAUAUCCUUUAACUAUUUAUUAUACAUAAAUAAAUUGUGGUCGGUUUAUGUAUCUUAAGGUUGUCCCUCAUUUUAAAUGAUUUUCAUAUUGAAAUUCCUAAUUUUUAGCUGACCCUCCAAAUUUUUAAUAAUUAUAUUAAUAAGAUUGCUUAGAUUUUGCUUCCACUCUAAAAAGUAAGAGUAUUAUAUAGUAUUAGUCCAUUGUGCAAUCACUUUGUUGCAAUAAAUUUCAGAUCUUGCACCAUAUUCUUUUAAUAUUGAUUAGUAGUACUACUAUAUUAUAGUUAGUUGUAUAUGAUACUAAUUCCUGCAAGUCCUAUGCUUUUGUUCUUGAUAUCUUGUUUCUCAUUCAUUGUUGUUUUCAAGUCAUUUUUACCAAUUAAGCUUACUAAGAUGAAACUACUGUCACCCUUUUUCUGGGUAGAAUUAUGCAAGUCUCUUAUGUGUUAUAUUAGAAAGAGUGGGCUUAUAUUUGGUGUUUUUGAAGCUACUUUUUUUAGGCCAGUUAUGAAAAUUUCUACAGUUAGUGAGUUUGUGAAUGUGGAGGAUGAGGGGAUAUUACUUCUGGAAUUACCAGACUUGGCCUUGGAUUUGAUUCUAGACCGGCUUUCGCCGGCUGAAUUGUGUAGUAUGGCAGGAGUUUGUAGUUACUUGAGAGGUAAGUGUAGGAGUAAUCAUAUGUGGGAGAAACAUAUGAAGAACAAAUGGGGAAGAGUGAUAGGUAAUGCUGCUCUUGUAAAAUGGCAUGAGCAUAAGCAUAAGCCCCAAAAUAAGAGGAAAUUUUCUUUGAGGGGUAACAAAAAUGGAGGGAUUAUAUUUAGUCUUUGGCCUUUUUCAUUGAUGGUUAGGCCAAAAUUAGGAGGUACAAGUCUGAUUAAGGGUAGUUUACCACCUGAUUCAAUCAUGAGUUGGUAUCUGUCUCUCGAAAGCGGCGAGUUUUGGUUCCCAGCUCAGGUUUAUAAUCGUGAGAAUGGACAUGAUGGAUUCGUGUUGUCGUGCUAUGAUGCUAAACUUAGCUACAACUCGAAAUCAGACACUUUCCAGGCCAGGUAUACUGUGCAUGGCCGGGAGACUGUUGAGGAAAACAUAUCCUGGAGUAGAAUCAGAGCACCACCUAUUGAUAACUCUCCAUAUGAUCUUCAUGUGUCUGAUAGUCUGGAUGAUUUGAAGCCAGGAGAUCAUUUCGAGAUUCAGUGGAGACGAAACAGAGGGUUUCCAUAUGGUUGGUGGUACGGAGUUGUCGAUCACCUGGAAUCAUGCACCAGAAAUGAAGAUCAUUGCAUAUGUCAUGAUAACGAGAUGGUGAUACUAGAGUUCAACCAGUACGCCACCAAUUCCAGAUGGAGGAGAAUGAGCGUCAACAGGAAAAAUCAUCGAGAAGAAGGAAACGAGGGUGAUGGCUUCUAUGGCGGAAUCAGAAAAAUAUACUGUGAAGAAGAGAUUUCCACUUGGAAAAGCUUGUGGCCAACCAAGGUCCUAAACUAAGUUUCCUUGAGAAUUGUAAAUACCAAAAACUUCAGCUGUUUGCAAUAUUUAGUCUUCAGAUAAUGCAACAGUUGGCCUUUGUUUCUCUAUUUGCAAUGUGCAAAGGCAUUGUACAUAUGAAAUUUUUAUUGUUCUAUCAUAGAUGUAAAAUAUGUAUUUGAUCAGGUUAACUUUGUGGAAUUUUUGAUUAUAUUUUGACUUUGAAUCUAGUUGAAUACUGAAUCUUAUUACUGA